AUGGAGAAAGGAGAGUUUGCUCCAUUUCCAGAACCUGGUUGCCCACUCAAACCGCCGGAUAAAGAUCCAUCCCCGGAAAUGGAGAAAGGAGAGUUCACAUUAUUUCCAGAACCUAGGUGGCCACUCAAACCGCCGGAUAAAGAUCCACUUCCGGAAAUGGAGAAAGGAGAGUUCGCAUUAUUUCCAGAACCUAGGUGGCCACUCAAACCGCCAGAUAAAGAUCCACUUCCGGAAAUGGAGAAAGGAGAGUUCGCAUUAUUUCCAGAACCUGGUUGGCCACUCAAACCACUAGAUAAAGAUCCACUUCCGGAAACGGAGAAAGGAGAGUUCGCAUUAUUUCCAGAACCUAGGUGGCCACUCAAACCGCUAGAUAAUGAUCCACUUCCGGAAAUGGAGAAAGGAGAGUUUUCCACAUUUCCGGAACCUGGUUGGGCAUCCAUUCCUCCGUUGAAAUAUCCGUCCCCAGAAAUGGAGAAAGGAGAGUUCGCUACAUUUCCGGAACCUGGCUGA